GUGCACAUGUGAGGGAAUGGGUGAAAGAUGGUAGGAGUAUGAGAGAGAAAGAGAAGGACGUAAAGCGAACCGCAAGUUGCUGCUUCGAGGUGGGCAGGUAAGAAAAGGUAAGACCAGGUGAGUAGGAAUCCGCUCGGUUGUGGUACCGACAGUCGUGUGCUAGCCUUGCAGGUACUCGCAACACACAUCUCAUCUGACGAUGAUGAUACUCUUGUGACACGAGCAAACAAAAAAAAAAGGAAACAAGGACCUUUCGUUCGCACACCCUCAAUUAAAGGACAUUAAAAACCAGAGAAUUUGCACGGAGUGAAACCUGUCAGUGUCACUAAUUACUUUUCAGUUCUUGUGCUCCAUCAAUAACUUAUUGUUUAUUUUUUCCCCCGAUUUUGGGUUGAUGUUUCUUUGUUGUUUAAUCGCCGAAUCGCUGUAAAGAUGUUCACGAAAUUGCUCUGCCUUUUUGGAUUUGUCUCGCUAAUCGCGGCCAAAGUGAGUCCGAAAGUGAAAUGCACUCCGGAUAUGAUGAGGAUAGAGGUGCCGUUGUCCCCGACUAUGGGGGAAGUCUAUCUGCAAGGUCUGAAGGAUUAUCCUGACCCAGCUUGCAGGCCUCGCCGUGAUCCCGAAGGAUCUUUGGCCAUCCUGGAGUUAAGCCUCGGGGACGUCUACCAGUGCGCCACGACCAGGGUCACCAAUAAACUGACGAACAAACAGGUCUACUAUCAAACCUUGAUCAUCGAAGGACACGACGCCAAGGAAGAGAUGGUGCACAUCAAAUGCUCGGUGUCGGCUCCCAGGAACCACACGAUCACUCGCAGGAACGUCCUUCCCGCAGGAUUCCAGGAGGCCGAAGAUAUUGAUUUAACUUGGAGCGUGACUGGAAGAGCCCCGGAACCGGUGCUCGGUGUUGGAGUUCGUCAGGAUGGAAAACUUGUGACCGGAGAACUCAACGUCGCUCCAGGUACUCAGCUGGAGAUGGAGAUCUCCUUGGACAAGGUGUCUUCUCCAGUUUAUGGUCUUCUGGUUACUCACAUGCUCGUAACUGAUACCAUGAAGCAGGAAGAAACCAUCAUUUACAACGGAUGUUCAGUGGAUCCAUAUCUGUUCGGUAACUUCAAGACCAUCGAGGGUGACCUGCUGCGCGCCAAGUUCCGUGCCUUCAAAUUCCCGGAAUCUACAUACGUACAAUUCAAAGGCACAGUAAACGUGUGCUUGGGCAAGUGCAACGGCAUUGAAUGCAGCGAUGGGCAAAUCGGUUAUGGAAGACGCAGGAGGUCCAUCUCCGCUAUACCAGCUGAUCCCAACAAGGUGUUCGAGAUCACGAUCACUUCAUUCAUUAAGGUGAACUACAAGGAUGGCGAGGAAAACUUCGUGGAGGUGAUCAGGAAUCAGACCAAAGUGUUCGGCGACAAUAAGCUGAUCGUCGGUAACCAGAAGAGCGAGAGGAACGUGUACGUGGGCGGCGAAGAGGAUCGUCCGACCCUUCGCGUGAAGAAGGUCACCGAAGAGACACAGGAGCAGAUCGUCAUGACGGAUAGCGGCUCACCACUAACCCAAAUUCCUUUCCACCUCAUCCUCUGCAUAACAGUGACGAGGUUACUACUCUUGUAAAAUAGCUCUACGACAAUGAUACUUAAGUGCAGCUAAAACACGCGAUCAAGACAGAGAGCGAAAAAAGAAGAGAAAAAAAAAA